UUCAAUAAAAAAUGAAUGCCCUGACAUACCAGUAUCUGAUGUAAAAAUUGAAGAUAAUUUCUUAGACGAUUAUUCCACGAAGAAUAAUGAUUCCGAAGUUUAUAACAAUCAAUCAGAUGAUGAUUGUAUUGAAAAUAUCGAUCAUGAUAGCUUGAAAGAUGAAGCAAACGAAGAUUAUUUAGAAAAUACAGAUUGUAAAAGUUUGAAAAAUGAAGACAUCACUAAAAAUAUUAAUGAAAAAACUGUGUACAAAUGUACAGAUUGUAAUAAAGUUUAUAAAAAAGCAUGGAUGCUUGAAAAUCAUAAAUUAGAUCAUGGUCAUAAUUGUAAAGUGUGCUUUAAAAGCUUUAAUACAGAGAAUGAUUUAAAUAAACAUGCGCAAGAACAUGCGCAUUUAGAACCGAAUAGAUUUGUUUGUAAAGAAUGUGGCGCUGAUUUUAAUAAAAAAUAUAGUUUAGUCUUACAUACACGAAAGCAGCAUACUGGGGAAAAACCCCAUCUAUGUUCUGUCUGUGGUCGAGGAUUUAGUGAUGAAAGGUAUUUAAUUACGCAUAUGCGAAUUCACAACGGGGAAAAACCUUUCGAAUGUAAAGUCUGUGAUGCUAAAUUUCGCCAAUGGUCGACAUUAAAAAGUCAUUUAACAACUCAUACAACUGACAAGAAUUAUAUUUGUACUGUUUGUGGUAAAAAAUUAGCUUAUAAAGCUACAUUACGAAUACAUAUGCUGAGUCACACUGGUGUUAAAAAGUAUCCUUGUAAAAUAUGUGAAAAAACAUUUAAAGUUUCAUCUCAACUAACAAGACACAUGAGGAUACAUUCAGGUGAAAAGAACUAUAAAUGUUUAGAUUGUGGAAAAGCAUUUGGGAGAUCACAUCAUUUAACAGUGCACAGAAGAAUUCAUACAGGAGAAAAACCUCAUGUUUGUUCAACUUGUGGUAGAGGCUUCACUCAAUUACAUGUGUUAAGAACACAUUUGAAAACACAUAAAGAAUAA